CAAGACGAAGUGAACUCGACGGGUGGCGUCCGGCGGGCCCUGAAAGCUUGGGGCGGGCCAGACCGUUUGGCAUGCCGGAUUCUUAUUCUUAGCAGCGCUUCUUCUGCAAGCUCGCUCUUUGUUGAAUUAACUAACCAACUAACUAAUAAGUCAACCAGUCAGUUGACUAUCUAACUACCGUACGUCGCUCCACGUUAUGUAAAGAAAAUGCUCGCGACGGUAGGACGAACCCGUGCCCUCUCGAGUCCUGUGUGCUUUCGAUAUGCAUCCGCCCAGCGACAAUUCGCGUCUAGACGUGCAGCAGCUCUCCAGGAUGUCCAGGAGGUCAGCGAGGAGGACUUGAGAGCCGCUAGAGAGUGGCUGGCGAAGCUCAAUUCCAAUACCAUUCCACGCCAUAUCUGUGAGGUAGCUUUUAGCAGGUCCAGUGGUCCUGGAGGGCAGAACGUCAACAAGGUCAAUACAAAGGCUACGCUGAGAGUGCCAUUCAAUUCUCUACUCCCACUGGUUCCCCCAGUCCUACAUUCGCAACUGCGGUCAUCACGGUAUGCCGCUGAGCGAACGGACAGUCUGGUCAUACAGUCGGAUGACUCGCGUAAGCAGUCUGCCAAUGUGGAGUCGUGUUUCGAGAAGCUCCGGCUAUUGCUAGCAAGUGCCGGGAAAGACGCGAUUCGGGGUGAAACAUCCGAGGAGCAAAAGGAAAAAGUCAAAAAGCUCCAAAAAGUAGAAAAUGAGGCGAGGAUCCAAAUGAAGAAGCACCUUAGCAACAAGAAGAGCAGCCGGCGAGGUAGCAAGUAUGAUGAGUGAUCUAUGCGCUACUAUCGUAUAUACAUGUCUUCGGAACGUCAAUUGUCUUCGCCAGAAACG